AUGUCGCAGAAGAGACCUGCGCCUCAUUCAACUUCACCACCUCUAUGGAGGUCUCCAAGAUCAAGUUGGCCCAACUCCCCAGCAACGCACCGAUCGAAUCUGCGGGGAGGCGGUGACCCUUCUUCGGAGGACGGCUCUCAGGAAAGCAGUAGCGUGCGCUCCUAUGGAGAAUGGCCACAGCCCGUGCAAAGAAGUUUGGGCGUUCACAGUAUUUUGAACCCUCCCACUUCUCAGCCUAGCUCUGGGGGUGCCGCAGCUCCGUCUAUGGGCAAUUCUCCCAUGGGAGGUCUGGGUAGAAUGUCCCAUACCACUACGCAUUAUGGAACGAGUCCAGCACAGCGCCCCUUGCUCUUCCAAGGCCACGGCGUGCCCAUCCAACAAGAGAUCUCGCGUCCAAGUGGUGAAGCUCUAGCAGCUACAGGAACGAAGCCUGCAAUGGGUUCGCCAAAUAGUAUUCAGCCACUGUCUGCGCUGGGCGGGCCACGUCGUUAUUUGACCCCAAGAUCUCCAAGGGUCAGUGCUAUCAGCCAGGGACCACCACCAGGGCCUGGAAACGUACAGCCGCAACUAUAUCCAAUGUCUUCAUUGACAGGUCAAGGCAGGCCUGCCAGAGAUAGCGUCUCUGGAUCACCCCCAGACCACUCUGUUCAACCAUUUCAGCGCCCGACUGCAGCUCUAGGUUCUGGGAACCAAAUGGCCGGCAACAUUUCAAGGUCAAAUACUCCUUCGCGCUCAAUGUCUCAACAUAUGCUCGGCCAGGCGCAUCCCUCCAUGCAAGAUUCAUCACGCCCACCAGAGCUAAUGGAUCGUUCACACCGGCCACAUGGGUUGCCGCCUUCGCCAUACGCUACAAGCGUCCCACCCACUGGCCGCGGGUUUCCGACUUUGGCUUCCCCAGACUCUCGCUGGUCACCGCUCAGCGCAGGACAGCAGGGUGGAAGGGGAAGUUCCAUGCCGGAAGAACAGUCCACGCUUGUAUUUGCAACACCCGGUGGCGAGCCAGUCACCUUCACGAUCGACAAAACGAACGGUUCGCGACAGGCUGACGAGAAGAGGCAAAGGAAUGCAGGAGCUUCAGCAAGGUUUAGACAACGCAAGAAAGACAAGGACAUGCAGAAAGAGGCCGCCAUAGAAAAGUUGCAGGCUCAUAACAGAGACCUCGAGCGGCAAAUCCAAGAACUCAAAUUGGAACGAGAACGAUAUCGAGCAGACCGCGAUCGUUUGCGGGAUGUCGUCUAUCGAACGCCCAACAUCUCGGAACUAGCGUACCAGGGGCCACCGAGUCCAUCAGCAAGACCUGCUGAACCCUUUGCAAGCCGGUCAAUGCUUGAAACUGGACCUCCGCAUCAGCAGCAAUCGCUGGUGAGCGCGACAUACGGAGAAAUGGAUGCUUCCACGGGCGAAAGAGCUCCAAGACGACGCCGCACAAACUCUCGCACAGAAUACGACUCGACACCGUACUCGAACCCAUUGCCACCGCCGAGUUAUAGCUUACCGACUUCGCAGCCAGGCACGCCUUUGGCAGGCAGUCGAUUGGAGAGACUCCCACCACUGCGCUUAGACCGAGGUCCUGGAGUCCCAACCACGUCUGGGCCCACUUCGAAUCCAUCUGUUCAAGGUUACUCACCCAUAAAGCGCGAGCACUAUGAGACAGGUUGGGCUGCCAGACCUACGGGGCCGUUCCCUUGA